UAAAAGCGGGUGAUCCAGUUCGUUGAGCUCUCUUGCAGCGGGUGACCCUGUAAGCUGCAUGUUUGGAUCAGAGAGGCGCACAGCUAAAGGCAUUAGAGAGAUUGUAGUUGGAGAGAAAUGGCCUAAAUAAGAGUGUGAGAAGCUAUGGUUCUCUGUGGUAAAAAGACUGGCUGUGGGGCUGAUGCCCCAUGGAAAGAGGGCAAUGGUCAUUGGAAAUAGAGGUAGUGCUUUGGCAUGGUGGUGGAUUUGGGAAGCAUGGUGUAAAGGAAAAUUCUGUGUUUUUUGGUGUGGGAGGGGACAAAUUUGAUGAUGAAAAGUGAUGGUACUUUUGGUAAUUUAGAUCUAUGCUGACCCUGGCAAAAGACUGGAGUUGUACUUCCGUCCCAAGGAUCCCUACUGCCAUCCUGUGUGUGCCAACCGCUUCCCUACUUCAUCCAUGCUCUUUAAGGUAAAGCGGAAGAUCAGAAGGAAACGGUUGGAAGCUGAAGGAGAAACCCAAGAGGAAAUCAAGUUUGAAAUGGAAGUUCUUGGGGUUGUCUCCACUGUUUACAAAUUUCAAGGAAUGUCUGAUUUCCAGUACCUGGCAAUGCAUUCUGGCCCUGAUAGCAAACAAAUCUCUAUGUACGACAAGGUCUUGCUCCUCAAACCAGAAAAGGAGGAAUUCUUCAAUAGGGAAUUACCCCUCUACAUCCCUCCACCUAUUUUUUCGCGUCUGGAUACCCCUAUAGACUAUUUCUAUCGGCCAGAUGUACAACACCGGGAAGGCUACAGCAAUCCCCAGGUGUCUUGUGAGAACCUGAUUGGCCUCAGCAGGGCCCGUCGACCACACAAUGCCAUCUUUGUGAACUUCGAUGAUGAGGACGUCCCAACCAAGCCGCUAGAGCCUGCAGUGCAGACUUGGAAGAAAAUGUGCACCAAUCCUGUGGAUAAAAAAGUGGAGGAAGAGCUGAGAAAGCUGUUUGAGAUUCGUCCCAUCUGGUCUCGGAAUGCUGUGAAGGCCAAUAUCAGUGUCCAUCCGGACAAGCUUAAACUUCUCUUACCGUACUUGGCCUAUUAUAUGCUCACCGGUCCUUGGCGAAGUCUGUGGGUUCGGUUUGGGUAUGACCCUAGGAAACAUCCCGAAGCAAAGAUUUAUCAAGUCCUGGACUUCAGAAUUCGCUGUGGAAUUAAAUACGGUUAUGCCUCUACUGACAUGCCCGUGAAAGCAAAACGCAGCACGUACAAUUACAGUCUGCCCAUCACUAUCAAAAAAGCAGUAAGUCACACAGUCAGUGUGCAGGACCUAAAGCAGGGGCUGGACACAUCCAGUACAUCCAGUGCAAAAAAACCUGCCUCCAGCAAAUACAAACUUAAAGACUCUAUCUAUAUCUUCCAUGAAGGAGAUCUGCCUCCGUAUCGACAGAUGUUCUAUCAGCUCUGUGACUUGAACGUGGACAGCUUACAGAAAAUCAUCCAUCGGAAUGACGGCAUGGAGACAGAAUGCACAGAACGGGAUGGGUGGUGUCUUCAAAAGACCAACGAUGAUUUGAGGGAUACCAUGUCUCUGAUGAUUAAGCAGAUCAUCAGGUCCACGCGACCCGCUCUGUUUUCACGUACGUCAAACACUGAAGAUGGCAAGGAACAGCUGACAUACGACUCUGGAGAGGAAGAGGAGGAUGAAGAGGAGGACUUCAAGCCUUCUGAUGGGAGUGAGAAUGAAAUGGAAACAGAAAUCUUGGACUAUGUGUGACACAUUGAGCGGCCAGCAUGAGGCUGCCUGGGACUUUUGUUUCUUGGUAUGGAAUCAUGACCAGGCUGUCAGGAAGAUGCCAACUAGACACAUGGUGCUGGAUGUGGGGCUAGCAGUUGUGCUAAGUGCUCUACAGGCACUAAAGACCAUGUUUCUGCAGCGCUGGGUGACAGGCACUUGUCAAGAUGUCACUGUGGGGAUGUUGGCCCAUUACCUCACCCAGGCAACAUGCACGGACAGCAUUUACUGGGGCAGUGUUUCUGGUCAGAGCGGAGCUAGUUGGGAUUUCACUUGCUUUUUUUUUUUUUUUUCUCUUGGACAUUAGAUUGUUUUAAUUUCCCUUCCCUCCCUGCACUUACAAACGGCAACAUCUGAUCCCACAUCAGUGGGUUUUGUACUUCCCUUUGAGGGUAUACGUAGGACAGCUACUGGGAAGGUACGUUAGUGCUCUGUCUGCUCGUACCAGGAGCUGGGAGUCUCUCCAUCCUUGCCAACUCUGAUAGAUCAGAGACAUCGACGAGUGCAGAAUCCAACCUGGAUCUGAGGUGUUCCACUGGCUGCCAGGGGCCACAGGGUUUAUCAUUGUAGGGAAUGUGUGAAGGUCACACAGCUCUAUACCUGGCAUCUGGGUCAGUGGGAAAAGCUUCAAACAAAAUUUUCUGUAUCAAGAACUGUACGAAUAAGGUCAUUGCUGAUGUAAUCGUGAGGCAUUACAGAGUGUCAUUCUGGCUGGUCGAAAUCGAUUGUGGAGUCUUAUCCAAUGGGACCUGUGUAGGUAUCAGUAAUACUUUUGUAUACAUGAGAAGCAAACAGUAAUUUCUCUCAGGGAAAGCCCAGCUUCCUGUGAAACACAACCUCUGGUUUAUUUUUCCUAAUAAAACUCUUCCUUUUUCCAAUAACACA